GUUGCUCGAAUCAGCUGUGUUGUGUUUGAUUGCGAAAUUUGGAAAAUAAUGCACUAAAUUAUAUCGUGAUUUCCAAAUCCUCCGUAAAUCUCCUUGUUGCGCACUGAAAUGGCAUCGAAAGUGGUGGCCACGGCUACCGUGAGGGCGCUGAAGAACCGUAAACUGUUACCAACCCGGGCGGCACUCACUUUGACUCCCGCGGCGGUCAACAGAAUCAAGCAACUUUUGCAAGGGAAAUCCGAAUACAUUGGGUUAAAGGUCGGUGUCCGGCAGCGGGGAUGCAACGGAUUGUCCUACACCCUUGAUUAUGCUACAACCAAAGACAAAAUGGACGAGGAAGUCGUUCAAGAUGGCGUUAAAGUUUUGAUUGACAAAAAAGCUCAACUUUCCCUGCUAGGCACCGAAAUGGACUUUGUAGAAAACAAACUUUCUGCGGAGUUUGUUUUCAACAAUCCCAACAUCAAGGGCACGUGUGGAUGCGGCGAAUCUUUUAGUAUUUAAGGCACUGGCUGUACAUUAGUUUGCUUUAGUUGUAGAGAAAAAUAAACCCACAAAUUUCGACAUGUUUAAUGUAAUGAACUACUAGGCUUACGAGAUGUUUGUUGUUUAGCAAAUAAAAUACUUUAAACUUCA